GAUGUGUUAGUGGCGAUGAUAACAACUCCCCAGGGACGAUGGCACCGCGUGCGUGGCUCUGCUAGUGACACUAUACCCGGCACCUCACUCGGACACUGCCUGCAUACCCCGCCGACCCGCAAUCAUGUAUUCCGGCCGCAAGUGCUGCUAAUUGCAAGGUGCGACUGAACCUCGAUAUAAAUCGGAAGUGCGCGUUCCGCCGGACACCGAUGUUCCACCACGUCGCGGGCAUUUCCUUCCAGCAACGACCAUAACGACAUCGCUGCCAUGGGUGACACCUCGUAGGCACUCACUCCGGGCUCAUCCUCGGGUUGCAAAAAGCGAGGUCGUAAUUACGUAGUAAAAGUGUAAUUAGCUGCCGUUAGUCGAGUGUUGCGGUGAAGGAGCCGCCAUGUGCGAUACCACAGAGCACAUGGACACGCGCUCCGAGCCCUCGCAGGGCACGGACGCUGACGGAGAGGACGACAUCUCCGUCGGGAGCCACUCGCCGCUCCCGCCGCCGAGAGAUGACACGGACGACUCUAUGAUCGACGUGGACGACAGUGCCAAUGACGAGCCCCGGGAGAAGGAGGUAGCGAGCCCCAAGGUGGAGCCCCCGGACCCCGCCAUGAGCCCAGGGCCCCCUCGCACGCCCCCCGUGGCUCACCAGGGCAACAACGCCGCCCUUCAUCGCUCCCUAAAGUUCUCCAUCGACAAUAUUCUCAAACCGGACUUCGGCCGACGGAUAGACACGCAGGAGUCGAGUGACCAGCCCGUCGACCUUUCGCAGGUCAAUAACAGAGACGGCAAGAAGGGCCUGGUGGACCCCACCAGGAGUCUGGGGGCGGUCGGCCAGAACCCCAACAGCCUACUCCUAAAAGACAGGGACGGCACGGGCACCAGCCUAUGGCCGGCCUGGGUCUACUGCACGCGCUACUCCGACAGACCUUCGGCAGGUAAGAGCACAGUUCUUGGGAAAGGAGAAUCGGUGUGGCAGGCCGCUCCGGGGCCGGGGACGGCAGGCGGGGCGAACACAGGCCGCUGA